UAUCCAAUCACCAAUCUUUCUUUCCACGCAAGACAACAUUUCUACCACGUCUCCUCAGAACAUGUAUAUCGACUGCGAUACUUAAGACCACAUAUCCGCUGCCGACAUUCUCGGAUCUACAUAUAAGCAAUAUGAAAAUUCAAACUCCCAUACUCGUAGUUGCGGCGGGUAUCGUAGCGCUUUGCCACAGUUUUGUUCUUCCACCUCCAACGGGCUUGUUCAGCGUCGGCUCAAAAUCAUUCGUGUUUCCCAAGCUCACCCUGAAUGAUCCAGUAGCACCCAAUGGUACCGGAACCUUCAUCCUACUCAACGUAUACUACCCGACUGAACAAAAGGCCGUGCCCUCAAAGUAUGUCUGGGACAACUUGUCCAAUCUUUACGAUAACUUCUACGGACUUCCAAAUGGCACCUUCGGCAACAUUACUGCACCCGUAGCUUACGAGGCGAAGCCCCUCCCUCUAAGAAGAUGGAGCAAAUUGCAACUGCCGACACUCAUCUUCAAUCCAGGUUUUGCGGGACCACCUUCUCGGUUAUUCCACGCUCUCCUCUCUGAGAUGGCAUCUCAAGGCUACUCAGUUGUGGCAUUGGAUCAUCCACAUGAGGCACCGUACAUCCAGCUACCUAAUGGUACUGGUGUGAGUGGCUUGCCAUUCAACUACCAGACGGAUACGCAGGAGAAGUUAAAAUUUGUGCAGCGUGUACACGACUACCGUCUGGCGGACGCAUCAGCAGUCCUCGAUGCCAUACCUACGAUAUCAAAGAACCUAUCCAUCCCCCUCAACUCCACACAUUUUUCAUUCUUCGGCCACUCGCUCGGCGGCUCUGCAGCACUCAGCCAGAUUCUGUACGAACGCAAUCGUACAAACGAACAGAAGCAUAGGAUCCUCGGCGCUCUAAACACAGAUGGAAGCCUCUGGGUCCCGGUUUCUGGCAACAGUCCGUCGGUAGACCUACGGAUACCCAACUUAUUGUUGAGCUCUGGACAACACAAGGGCGACCCCCUGUUUGCAAACUUCGAUGCUCGACAGUCGGCCUGGGCUAAAGAAAUCAAUAUUGGAGGUCGAUCAAACCACUCCGAUUUCUCCGAUCUGAUUAUCAUGAAGCAGGGGCUUAGGAUAACGGGUGGUCAGGGUGCUAUGACUGCUGAACGGAUGAUCAACAUCACGCGAACACUUGUGGGGAGUUUCCAAGGCCUCCUUGUAGGAAAAGGCGAGGGAGUAUUGAGUGGCACAGAUGAGAUAAGGGCACUUUGGCCCGAGUUGCAGUGGUCGUAUAAUGGAACAAAGACGGCCUAGUCUCAACGAUAGACAUUCGUUCUUCUGAAUCAUCUUAGUGUCCAGAUGGCGCCUCUCUAGACCCCUUUCUUCAUGACCUUGUGGUGCUCGCUCUUCCAGGAGAAUGACGGGCCAGUCCAACCGGUCAAUGAUGUGUGUUUGUGGUGGGAUGAAUUGAUGGAGAACAACGAAAGAGUUACUGAAACCUUCGAUCAUCACGUAUGGUCAACCAACCACUUGAGAAAAUACAGAUUAGACAGAAAGGGUCAAUGAUCGCGUUAGGUCUUCUUGUCAGAGUCUGUAUGCUUGUGAUAGCAUAUCUAGUCCCAGUUCUGUACCUUAUCGACUGCAAUAAAAUAGUGUAGAUACUACGAAGUUGUGAAGUGGCUGCAACAAAGGCCGCUAGAAAGCGGCCAUGCGUAUCGGAUUUCUUUCGCCACUCCUGUCAACAGCCCGCUGUUCAAUGCGGCAGACGAGGUUGUAUCGCGAAUACUUGGGUAGUAUUAGUCUAAUGCUGGAG